UAUAAGUUGUUUAUGGACAGUAUUGGUAAAGCCAAAAGCCAAGAUGAAACGAAGUUGGAAAUGUGUUAUCUUUUCCAUUCACCAAACAUUCUUGAAUAUUGAUGAUAAUAACCUCUUGUAUUGCUAUAUUCCCAAUUAUUCAGUCAUUCUAGUCAAUUGAGUUUAUACAGAAAUAUCAUGACGUAUUGAGGGUUUUUCUCCCUCAAAAAUAUAUAAAUACUUACUAUUUAGAUAACAAUUAGAAAAGGAGAGGAAGUAUUAUUUGAUCAAAAAAGUAAAAAGAAAUAUGGAAUAUUUUUAUUCGGAAGGAAGCAAUCCAAAUAUUUUGCAAAUGGAUUUCGAAAAAUUUCUCAAUAUAAAAUUAAUAUUGGAUAAAAGAGCAAUAAGGGAGGAAUUUCUUCAAGUCUUACCAAAAGAAAUAUUCAGUAUUAAUGAGUAUAAUUUAAUGGAAAUAGAAGGUAAUCGAAUGGAUAUGUCUCCAGGAAAAUGGCUGCUUACAUAUUUGGGUAAUAUUGGUGGCUGUGUAUCUGAUUUAAUAUACUGGUUUGAACAAAUGAAUCUUGAACAAGCUUUAGUACAUUUGAAAGAAGAAGAACCACUACAGAUUAUUGAACAACCUACAUCCAAUAUAACUGUGAAUGAAGGUGAAAAACUUUGUAUCACAUGUAAAGCGUCUGGCUAUCCUCAUCCUGAAUAUCAGUGGUUCAAAGAUGAUGAAGAAUUAUUACUUGAACAAGAAGAAGUUCUUUUGAUCCCAUGUGCCAAGGAAGAGAAUAGUGGGUCUUAUGUUUGCAAAAUUUCAAAAAGAAAUUCUGAUUCAAGUACUGAAUCACUUUUGUCUGAUCAUGUUGCAGUUAUAGUUUUACCAUGCAAGCCUUCAAAUUCUUUUGCUUUUACAAGACAAUAUUCUGAGAAACAACCUCUGUCAACUCAGCCAAUCAAUACCAUUAUAAAAGCUGAUCUGGAAUAUAAUCAAACUAAGCUAAAAGAAUGUCAAGAGCAAAAUAAUCUGUCCAGAAAAUGUCACAAAUCAGAAAAAAUUAUUAUUGUGAAACAGCCUCGUUCAUACAAGAAAGUAGCUCAAGGUUCGAUGCUCUGGUUUAAAUGCAUUGCAAAAUCCUCUCAUCCUGUGAAAUAUCAAUGGUACAGAGAUGGCCGAAAGUUAGAUGAUCAGACUUCAACUAAAUUAUUGGUUGAUGAGCUAUAUCCUGAUCAAGAAACUGGAAGCAUGAAAUUCAAAUUUUUUUGUGAAGUUUAUAAUGACUAUGACCAAGUUAUUUCUGACUUUGCAACUGUUGAACUUUCUGAAUCGGAUGACAAAACUAAAUUUGUUGCUGAAGAAAAGAUUGCAUUUCUGAUUGCUAAUGAUAAGUAUAAAGCCUAUAAAGAAGAUCUAGCAACGCCUGCUGUUGAUGUUGUUGACAUGGCAAAACUGUUAAAGUCUAUUAAUUUUAAAGUUAUUGUUUUUCGAAAUCUUAAUUUAAAAGAAAUGCAAAGUUCUUUUCAAGCCUUUUGCAGAUUAUUAAAAGCUGGUGCAUAUGCUGUAGUAUUUUUUGCGGGGCAUGGAUUUGAGUGUUAUGGGCAAACCUAUCUUCAACCUGUUGAUUGUAGUGAAAAUUUUCUACCAGAAGAAUCUAUGUGUACUGAAUAUAUUUUACAACAAAUGCAGGAAACCAAUCCAGCAUUAAUUGUUCUCUUGAUAGAUGCAUGUCGAAAACAACCACCUGAACUUAGGAAUGUACCAGUAAAAAUAUAUGAUGCCUCUAUGAGAAAUAAUACUGUAUAUGGAUAUGCAACUUCUUUUCUUAAUGGUGCUUAUGAAAGUGAUGAAGGAAACAGUUAUUUUGUAAAACAUUUAAAGAAAUACAUUACACAUGACAAAAGCAUCCAAGAAAUUAUAUUCCAAGUUCAAAGGGAUUUUGAUUCAGAACCAUUAACUAGAAGAAUACAGCAUCCAGUUAUUGAAAGUAGCCUUUGUGCUGCUCGAAAGCUUUGUGAUGAGCUUCAAAAUCCUCCAGAUCCAACAUAUCAACUUCCAUGUUGGUUUUAUCAGAAGAGAAACUAUGGGCCAAAGCAAACGCCAACUAUUGAUGAAUUCAAAUGCUCUUUUAUAAUUGAAGUCAGAGAUCACAUGGAUGUAUAUUUAAAUGGAAUUGAUAUUAAUUUAUACGUAUAUGUGAAAGAAGAUACUAACUUAGAUAGGCUUCGCAAAAGCAGCUUAGUAAUUAAUAUACCAAGUUUGAAAGUUCGUAAUGGAGUUCUGUUAAAAAAUGAUGCUUUCAAUUUGGGUGCAAAUUUAAUUAUAAAUGAAAAAGUCCUUGGAUUGCAGAAAAUUCAGAAUGCCGAUGUAAAUGGGCAAAUAUUACUUAAAUAUGAACAGGAUCCAAUAAUACCAAUUGAAUUUUCUUUCACUGUGGAGAAAAUUAUGAGUAUGAAUAUAUUCUUCUCGUGAGGCUGAGUAAUUUUAGCAGAAUUGUACAUUAAAUAUAUUUUUUAGAUAUUGAUGUAAAAUACAAAAUGCUAAAGA